AGCAAUCAGUGUGUCUGGGUCUGUGUCUGAAGGAGGAGGAUUGUUGUGGUUUUCGACUUUGAGAAUGGACAAGAAACCACCGUUCUGCUGUGCGUCCGACGGAGCUAAGGAUGGCUCUAGGAAUCGGAGGAUGUUGGAGUCGGUCAAUAGGAUUUUUGAUGAUCAGAUUGCCCUAGCGUCGGAUCUUGACUCGAAUAUUCGGCCGUUGAUGCUGCGAGCUGCUGUCUUAGUAUCCCUUGUGGGACUGGUUCUAUCCCAGGGGUAUGGUGCCCCCCCAGCACCAGCCUAUGGUGCCCCCCCAGCACCAGCCUAUGGUGCCCCAGCUCCUGCGCAAUGCUACCCUGAGACCAAAUAUGUCACUGCUUAUCGUACACAGAUUCAACAGGUCCCGGUCUACACGACCGUCUACGAGACCCAGCUCAUCCCAACCACCCUGUACGAGACCUUGUACCAGACGAGGUACCGCACAUCAGUCCAGCAGCAGUACAUCCCUCAGUACAUCACGACCACCGAGUACCAGCAGCAGUACGUCACCCAAACCCAGUACCAGACUCAGUUGCAAACGGUCUACCAGACGAAGUACAGCACCGAGACUCAGGUCCGAUCUCAGUUCGUCACCGAAACUCAGUACCAGACGCAGUACGUCACCACGACUCAGCUCAGAUACCAGACAGAGAUUCAGUACCAGCCUCAGUACGUCACCCAAACUCAGUACCAGACCGCUACAGCCUACAGGACACAGGUCGUGCCCCAGUACUCGACAGUCUACCAGACGAGACAGCAGUACGUCACGGUGUGCCCCCAAGUGCCCGAUACCUCCUACGGCGUCGUCCCGGCUGCGCCCGUUGCCCUAGGGGCCAAAGGAUAUUACUAAAUGAUUAGUUGCCCAUUAGUUUUACACAUCAAAGAAACUGUUCUUCAGACGAUAUCACUAAGAUAUACAUAGAUAAAUUGCUCAUCUUAUUAGUGAAUAGGCAUGAAGAAAUGAAUGAUUGAAUUUUCACAAAUCUAAGAUUCAGUGAUAAUUAUUUCGAACUUAAGGUAGCCACACACCUCAUGACUUCAUAGACCCACACGGUUUAAUUUGAACUAACCUUUAACAGAGACAAUGUUCUGAGUAAUUACUAAUCAAAAAGGCACUUCCUAACUAGUCUUGUUACUCUAACAGGACUCAAACUAAUCAACUACUAUGUUCACAGAACGAAAAAAGUCUAAUUCUUCAUUCGGCCAAAUAACUACAAACACGUUUUCCAUACAAACGAGCUAAUUAGUCAGUCCUAGUAUUUAAUGCAUAUUAUCAAUAUGACUGAAUUGACAGGAAACAGGUCAUGCUCAAGUGGAAGGUCCCUCAAGGAAAAAUUCGACACUUGUGAUUCCUGACGAGUUUUGUCUUAUGAGAAAUCCUUCAAGCUUGUCUUUUUAAUUUUGCAGUUAUGUAACUAUGUACCAAUCCUCCUGAAGAUAUCCAAAAUUAGACAAAACCAGUCAGGAUUCAAAAAUUUUUUGUGUGUCAUUUUUGGCAAAUUGAAAAAAGAAGAAGCAAAAGCUGUGAUUCCUGACCAGUUCUGUCCUAAGGAGAUAUUUUCGGUUUUCUUCACCUUUGCAAAAUACAUGGUUAUGUACCAACCCUCCUGAAGAUGUCCAGAUUAGACGAAACCGGUCAGGAUUCAUAAAUAUAUUUUGUCUCAUUUUUGGCAAGUGUUCCUUGUGAAGGACUUGACACGAAAGCAGUUAAUGUUUCAAGAACAAUUUAUUACCCAAGAAACUCUCUGCAGACUUCCAGAUUUACCUCAUCAGUUAACAUAUCAGUCACAACCACAAAUGAAUGUUGUAUUGUAUUGUUCAUUUCUUACAAAGAGCUUUUUUUUUCAUUCUUUCGUUGCCACAAAGAAAUAUUGCAUAAUGUGUUAAUUUCAUUCAAGUUAUUAUUAUUUUUUUAUUUCACUUCGUAAUGAACUUAUCUCUUCAAUAGAAAAGUAUAUAUAUUAUGAAGGAAAGUCUCUCUCUCUCUCUCUCUCUCUCUCUCUCUCUCUCUCUCUCUCUCUCUCUCUCUCAAACCUUUUCUCCUCUUCUCCCUAAUUGUGAUUAAUUUAUAUUCCUCUCUCUCUACGUAUCUAUCUAUAUCAGUCUGAAUGUCUAUCUCACUACUUUUGUUUUCAAAUAAUUCCACAUUUUACUCUUUCUGAAAAUAUCUGCAUUAAUUUAUAUCAAUAUCAAUCUGUCUAUUUUUCUAAGCUCUCUUGAAUCUUCCUUUUAAAGAGACACUGGAAGAAAUAGAUACGCUUACAUUUGUUUUCUUUAAAUUAUGGAUGAAUGUUAUUGAUGUAGUGACCGAUGAUAUAUUUUGACUAUGUGUAGUUUCUAUAAUAAAAGAGUGAAUCUCU